UUGUCUCCGCAGGACUUCCUCACCGAUUUGAUGAUGUCUGAGGUGGACCGCUGUGGGGAGAAUGAGCACCUCAUCUUCAGAGAAAACACUCUAGCCACAAAGGCCAUUGAGGAAUACCUCAAACUGGUGGGACAGAAGUACUUGCAGGACGCCCUCGGCGAGUUCAUCAAGGCUCUGUAUGAGUCAGAUGAGAACUGCGAGGUGGAUCCGUCCAAGUGUUCGUCAGGUGACCUGCCUGAGCACCAGAGUAACCUGAAGAUGUGCUGUGAGCUGGCCUUCUGCAAAAUCAUCAACUCCUACUGUGUCUUUCCACGAGAGCUAAAAGAAGUGUUCGCAUCGUGGCGGCAAGAAUGCAGCAACCGCGGCCGGCCGGACAUCAGCGAGCGCCUGAUAAGCGCCUCGCUGUUCCUGCGCUUCCUGUGUCCGGCCAUCAUGUCGCCCUCGCUUUUCAACCUGAUGCAGGAGUACCCCGACGACCGCACGGCGCGAACGCUCACGCUCAUAGCCAAAGUCACACAGAACCUGGCCAACUUCACCAAAUUUGGGAACAAAGAGGAGUACAUGUCUUUCAUGAACCAGUUCUUGGAACACGAGUGGACCAACAUGCAGCGUUUCUUGCUUGAAAUUUCCAACCCGGAGACCAUCUCCAACACGGCGGGCUUCGAGGGCUACAUCGACCUCGGCAGAGAGCUGUCAACCCUGCACUCACUUCUUUCCGAGGUGGUCUCCCAAAUGGACCAGAGUGCAGCGUCAAAGCUUGGUCCCCUGCCCAGGAUCCUGCGAGAGGUGAACGCCGCCCUGUCUAAUCCGUCCAGUGUCCUGAUGACACACGGACAUUCCUCAGAGCAUGUGGCCUCCCCUCCUGCCGAGGCAAGCUGCAGCAUUUCCACCGGCCUGCAGAAGAUGGUCAUAGACAACGAGCUCUCAGGAUUGGUUGACUUCACCAGGUUACCCUCACCCACCCCAGAGAACAAGGACAUCUUCUUCGUUACGAGAAACUCGGGCGUCCAGCCGUCCCCUGCACGCAGUUCCAGCUACUCCGAGACCAACGAGCCCGACCUGGGCAUGGCCAACGGCAGCAAGAGUCUGUCCAUGGUGGACCUCCAGGACCCCCGGAGUCUGGACAGCGGCACGGGUCUUAACUCCUCAGAUGGUUUGGGUGAAAUCCCGGCUUCCGGUGGAGGCUGGUCAUCCAGAGGCCAACAGGGUAACGUCCCCGGGGGUCCCACCCUGAGGAGGCCCGGCCAGACCCCCACCACCCCCGGCGCCGAGAGCACCCCGGGCCGACCCGCCCAGCUGCUGGCCCCGCUAUCCUUCCAGAACCCGGUGUACCAGAUGGCGGCCUGUUUGCCCGUGUCCCCUCGCGGGAUGACCGACUCGGGCUCGGAGUGCCACAGUUCGGUCAGUUCCCACAGCAACAACGAAGAUGGCCCGCCGGGGGGGAAACUGGCCUAUUCGAACCAAGGCGGCGGCGGCGGGGGGAGCAGCGGCGACGAGUACACCAGACGUUCGGGGGAGUUCAACCGGAGGCAGCUGUCCCUCACGGAGACGCUGCACCAGCCCGGCGUCCCCCGGCAGAACAGCGCCGGCCCCCAGCGGAGGAUAGACCAGCCCCCCCCUCAGAGCGUCACCCGGGGCCGCACGCCCCCCAACCUGCUGGGCGGCGGGCCCUACCCCAGGCCCUCCUCGGGCAGCAUGAUGACCUCGUCGCCCGACUGUCCGUCCGGCGGGGCUCGGCUACGGCAGCAGUCGUCCUCCUCUAAAGGGGACAGCCCCGAGACCAAGCAGAGAGCCCAGCACAAGCAGGCCCCCUCCCCAGUGAACCCCAGUGCGCUGGACCGCACAGCAGCCUGGCUUUUGAAUAUGAAUGUGCAGUAUUUAGACCAUGAGGGGAUGGAGCCCGAGUCACUGAGAAACAGAGAGGAUCUGACUCAGGUGGAGAAGUACCAGCAGGAGAUCGUGCUGCUGCAGGAGAAGCUGCGGGCGUCGGUCCAGAAGCUGGAGGAGUAUGAAGCCCGCCUCAAGGGCCAGGACGAGCAGGCCCAGAAGGUGCUGAUGGAGUACCAGGCCAGGCUGGAGGAGUCCGAGGAGCGGCUGCGCAGGCAGCAGGACGACAAAGACCUCCAGAUGAAGAGCAUCAUCAGCAGGUUAAUGUCAGUGGAAGAGGAGCUGAAGAAGGAUCAUUCGGACAUGCAGGCCGUGGUGGACUCAAAGCAGAAGAUAAUAGACGCACAGGAGAAGCGCAUAGCAUCGCUGGAUGCUGCCAACGCCCGUCUUAUGAGCGCGCUCACCCAGCUCAAGGAGCGCUACAGCAUGCAAACCCGCAACGGCAUCUCCCCCACCAACCCCACCAAACUGCAGAUCACCGAGAACGGAGAGUUCAGAAACAGCAGCAACUGCUAG